AUGGGGCUAAUUGAAAGAGUAAAUAGACUACAUGAACUCUGCACGCACAUCCAAAACCCAAUCAAUAUACCGCAGAUUGUUGUGGUGGGGUCGCAAAGUGCAGGAAAAAGCAGCAUACUUGAAAAUAUCGUAGGACACCAAAUUCUACCAAGAGGCACUGGAAUGGUAACCCGAAGGCCCCUUAUCAUACAGAUAAUCCCAUCGCAAGAGGACGCGUACUGCUCUUUCGGGCACCAUCCAGGGAAAACAUUCACUCCAUCCGAAAUUGAGGCAGAAAUAACCCACGAGACAGAUAGGCUCCUGCCAAAUAAGACAGAUGUGUCUGCCAUUCCCAUUUUACUGCGCAUCUACAGCAGAAAUGCCCUUCCUUUGACUCUAAUAGACCUGCCUGGAAUAAUAAAAGUGCAGACAAAAAAUCAGCCAGACGGCAUAAUAGAAAAGAUACAUGAAAUAGUGAAGUCGUAUGUGACUAAUGCAAACACAAUUAUUCUAGCAGUCACGCCCAGCACAACAGACAUAUCCAGCUCUGACGCCCUGAUGAUUGCGCGAGAGGCAGACCCAGACUACACCAGAACACUGUGCGUUCUUACAAAGGUGGAUCUGAUGGACCCAGGGACAGACUUAAGGCAAAUUCUCCAGGGGAAAAUUAUUCCCCUUAAGCUAGGGUACGUCCCUGUGAUAUGCCGAGGGGAGAAGGAUAUCCAGGCGAUGGUAGACAUACCGCAUGCAAUUCGCAAGGAAAAAGAGUACUUUUCAGCACACCCUGCAUACAGUGCAAACAGUGCAUAUUGCGGAGUACCGUACUUGAUGACCCGGCUGCACGAAGUGCUCCAGGAGAGAAUUAGAAAAAGCGCGCCGUAUUUGCAAGACAGAAUAUCCUACAUAAUCACACAGGUGUCGCAAGAGUUAGAUGGCCUAGGGGCAAAUUCAAAUGAAAGCAACGAGCAGAUAAUAAUCCAGGCAAUUACAGCCUUUAAUCAGGCAAUAGACCUAAGAAUAUCAGGGUACAACAGAUCCAAUAAUAUCUCAAAGGAAAUACUCAAUGGAGCCAAGAUAUCGUACGCUGUGGAUGUGCUGUUCCCAGAGAUCAUAGAGGAAGUCCCAAUGUUUACAGCCAGCGACCAAGAAAUAAGGAAUAUCCUGCAUAACAUGUCGGGCGUCUUUGGCGUGAAUGGAGUGCCAAUUCUGCGGCACUUUAUGCACCUGGCAGGCGACAAAAUAUAUCCGCACUGCAUCAGCAUGUGCUCCAAGAUAUGCAUGGAGAUGCAAGGCAUAGCAGAAGAGGCGCUUGAAGAGGUACCCGCCCUGCGAAGAUUUGCCGCCCUAAAGGAAGAAAUAAGCCGAGUGGCAAUGGGGGUCUUGAAGGAAAGAGUGCGCUCUGCAAGUGACUUAAUCAAGGCGUAUAUAAAGUGGAACACAGUCUAUAUCCGAGAGGGCAGUGCGUGCCAUGGCAAUGACAGGUGCGCAGGAAGCAGCUGCCACAGCAGUGGCUUAGUUAGUGUCCAGGGCAGCGACAAGUUAGAGGCUGCUGAUGUAAGCUGCAAAAAAAAAGACCACACAGGAGCGAGUAGCUACACAUGUAUAGACACUUUAAGGCAUAGAAUAACAAAGUAUCUCGACAGCUUUAAAAUGGGCGUGAUAGAGCAAGUUCCAAAGAUAAUCAUAACGGAAGUAGUGCAGAGUACAAUGGAUCUGCUGCAAAGCAAGCUAAUCCAGAGCCUGUGCACAAAGGCAAAUAUGAAAGAUCUUUUGAAGGAAGAUGAAAAAAUACAAGAAAGAAGGAAAGUACUAAAAAUAAAACUAGAGGCACUGCAGGAGGCAAGGGAGAUAUCAAACCAGUUGUAG